CCUCGUCCCCCGACUUUCGUCUGUCUUCUCCGUCCUCACAUAGGUCGUGUCCCUGGAGAUCCCUUCCUGGAGUACCCUGCACAUUCGCCUCGGGCCACAAAGCAUCUUGUGUGCAUAAACAUCCCUCUCUAUAUAUCAAUUAUUCGUUAUCGCGAUCCAUCCGCCUAACCGAACCGUGUUGCGAUUCACCCGCCAUGGCCAUCCAUCCGAGUUUCCCGUCCGAGGCGGACCCUAGAGGCAGUCUCUCGCCGCAGCAGGCUCGCGCUAUCUCAGCCUGGACGGAACAGGCGGCUGCAUCGUUGGGAAGUCUGACUCUGUCGGAGUCGGUCCCGGUCGGCGACCGGAAUGUCUCCUUUUCGCCAUCCACCCCUACGCGCUCAGGCCUACGCGGAGCGACGGUCUCGCUGUCAAUUCCUCUGGAUGGCCCAGCACCCACAGCAGAGGGCGCCGCAGCCUCUAAACCCAAGCUUCUGGGACAACCCGCAAAGGAGACCAAGGUGGCAUCGGUGUCUUUCCGGCGCCGGGAACCACUCCGCCGCGAUAGCUUGAAGAGCCGCGAGGCUUUGCUGAAGGGGAAGGACGGCAGUCGGCGCAGACAGCGCUGGGAGAACGAUCGCCUCCUGAACAAUCCCUGGGCAGAGCCCCCUUCCUCCAAGGAUUGGAAUAUUGAGGCAACCCACACCCGUCACAACCCUAUGCCGUACUACCUUGCGCCGCUCUGGGAUACUCAUUAUGCGCACAUGGACCGCAGCUCGUCGAAGCCCACGGCAGAAAACACGGAGAAACACCGCGUCCCUAAGGAACUGCGUACGAAGCUGAAACAUGCGCGUGCCGCACGCGGCAUGCUCCAAGACAUCGAAGAGGACAUCAGACACUUCAUUCAGCGAUGGAACGAGAAGCAACUCUUGCUGAAGCAGGACGGCUUGGCAGAUGCUCCCUCGUCAUCCGACGAUGAUUCCGAGGACGAGAUAGUGUUCGUGGGCAGGAACGGCCAAAUGCAUGACUCGCCUCAGCGAAAGGAGAAACUGCAGCAGAUGCGCGAGAUCAUGACUGCCCACAAUGAGCGAGACGGGGAAAAGAUGGUGUUCGAGAGCCUGGUCGACGACCGGGCCGCUGGGUUUGGUCGCUGGCUCGUCCAUUCUAUCGCAUCUUACUACGGCCUGCACACUUGGUCCAUCACCGUGGGAGAACCCGCCCGCCGCGAAGCCUACGUCGGAUUUCAUCCGCCCACGGGCAGUCGUGCAGGGCUUGUGUCCCAACCGGCCUGUGGCCAAGAAACGAUGAUCCAGCCCGGAGACGCACUUCCUCGACCGCUCUGGGCGCAGGUUUGAGCCAUGGGUUUGGCUGGUUGACUGAUUGAUUGAUCUGUCGUCAUCUAGAUCAUAUCUCGGUUAGACUUUCGGAUUGAUUCAUUUAGAGCCACGCGGGUUCGGCUCACGAAUAGAGAAGGUAGGUUCCGGAAUGCUUGUAAUACUCCUUGUAAUAGUCCUUGUCUAGUACUUCUGGAGUUGUAAGAUACUAGAUCAAUGUUUGAUUUUGCGGCGACGGGGUAGGAUCGAUGCCAUGGUGCACCACCCGUACACUUCUUUCCCGCUGGCGUUCUCGACUUCCCUGACUAUCAUCGGGAUUGAAUCAUGCAAGGUCGUAGGGUUGUAUGUGUAGUCGAUACUCCGUACUUAACCCAUGGACAAAGCGCGAACACGUCGCUUCAAAUGAAUACUAUGGCGGAGUGCAGCCAACGCCCGUUCGCGAGAUGCAUACAAAACAAGCAUCAAGGGAG